AUGUCCCAGACGGACUCGCAUCCCCGGAGGGGCUUGGCGGACGGCUGGCUGUGGGGAAGCCAGCCCCGCCUGCUGCUCCCCACUGUGCCAGUCUCCGUCUCCUGGCUGGUGUGGCUGCUGCUGCUAGCCUCCCUCCUGCCCUCAGCCUGGCUGGCCAGCCCCCUCCCCCGUGAGGAGGAGAUCGUGUUUCCAGAGAAGCUCAACGGCAGCGUCCUGCCUGGUUUGGGCGCCCCUGCCAGGCUGUUGUACCGCUUGCCAGCCUUUGGGGAGACGCUGCUGCUAGAGCUGGAGAAGGACCCCGGCGUGCAGGUUGAGGGACUGACGGUGCAAUACUUGGGCCGGGCGCCGGAGCUGCUCGGUGGGGCGGAGCCGGGCACCUACCUCACCGGCACGAUCAACGGAGAUCCGGAGUCGGUGGCAUCUCUGCACUGGGAUGGGGGAGCACUUUUAGGGGUGCUGCAGUACCGAGGGACGGAACUCCACAUCCAGCCCCUGGAGGGAGGCACGCCUAACUCCGCUGGGGGGCCUGGGGCUCACGUCCUACGCCGGAAGAGUCCUGUCAGUGGCCAGGGCCCCAUGUGCAGCGUCAAGGCUCCUGCAGGGAACCCCAGCCCCAGCCCCCGAAGGGCUAAGCGCUUUGCCUCGCUGAGCAGAUUUGUGGAGACUCUGGUGGUGGCAGACGACAAGAUGGCGGCGUUCCACGGCGCAGGGCUCAAGCGCUACCUGCUGACAGUGAUGGCGGCGGCAGCCAAGGCCUUCAAGCACCCGAGCAUCCGCAACCCCGUCAGCUUGGUGGUGACGCGGCUGGUGGUUCUGGGGCCAGGUGAGGAAGGGCCCCAGGUGGGCCCCAGCGCCGCCCAGACCCUGCGCAGCUUCUGUGCCUGGCAACGAGGACUCAACACCCCCGACGACGUGGACCCCGGCCACUUUGACACAGCCAUUCUGUUCACCCGGCAGGACCUGUGCGGAGUUUCUACUUGUGACACUCUCGGCAUGGCUGAUGUGGGCACCGUGUGUGACCCCGCUCGGAGCUGUGCCAUCGUGGAGGAUGACGGGCUCCAGUCAGCCUUCACUGCUGCUCAUGAACUCGGCCAUGUCUUCAGCAUGCUCCAUGACAACUCAAAGCCAUGUGUUGGUCUGAAUGGGCCUGAGAGCACCUCCCGCCACGUCAUGGCUCCUGUGAUGGCUCACGUGGAUCCCGAGGAGCCCUGGUCCCCCUGCAGUGCCCGCUUCAUCACUGACUUCCUAGACAAUGGCUACGGGCACUGUCUUCUAGACAAGCCAGAGGCUCCCCUACAUCUGCCCGUGACCUUCCCCGGGAAGGACUAUGAUGCUGACCGCCAGUGCCAGCUGACCUUUGGGCCUGACUCGCGCCAUUGUCCACAGCUGCCCCCGCCCUGUGCUGCCCUCUGGUGCUCUGGCCAUCUGAAUGGCCAUGCCAUGUGCCAGACCAAGCACUCACCCUGGGCUGAUGGUACCCCUUGCGGGCCCGCACAGGCUUGUAUGGGUGGCCGCUGCCUCCAUGUGGACCAGCUCCAGGCUUUCAACGUCCCACAGGCCGGUGGCUGGGGUCCCUGGGGACCGUGGGGUGACUGCUCUCGGAGCUGUGGGGGUGGUGUCCAGUUCUCUUCCCGGGACUGCACACGGCCCGUCCCCCGGAAUGGUGGCAAGUACUGUGAGGGCCGCCGUACCCGCUUCCGUUCCUGCAACACCCAGGACUGCCCAACUGGCUCAGCACUGACCUUCCGUGAAGAGCAGUGUGCUGCCUACAACCACCGCACUGACCUCUUCAAGAACUUCCCUGGGCCCAUGGACUGGGUUCCUCGCUACACUGGUGUGGCCCCCCGGGACCAGUGCAAACUCACCUGCCAGACCCGGGCACUGGGCUACUAUUACGUGCUGGAGCCACGGGUGGCAGAUGGGACCCCCUGUUCCCCAGACAGCUCCUCAGUCUGUGUCCAGGGCCGUUGCAUUCAUGCCGGCUGUGACCGCGUCAUUGGCUCCAAAAAGAAGUUUGACAAGUGCAUGGUGUGUGGUGGGGAUGGUUCCAGCUGCAUCAAGCAGUCUGGCUCCUUCAAAAAAUUCAGGUACGGAUACAACAGCGUGGUCACCAUCCCCGCCGGGGCCACCCACAUCCUGGUGCGGCAGCAGGGGAGCCCCAGUGUCCGGAGCCUCUACCUGGCCCUGAAGCUCCCCGAUGGCUCCUAUGCCCUCAACGGUGACUACACGCUGAUACCGUCCCCCACAGACGUGGCGCUGCCCGGGGCAGUCAGCCUGCGUUACAGCGGGGCCACUGCAGCCUCGGAGACCCUGUCGGGACACGGGCCCCUGGCUGAGCCCUUAACGCUGCAGGUCCUAGUGGCUGGCAACCCGCAGAACGCCCGCCUCCGAUACAGCUUCUUCGUGCCCCGACCGGCCCCCUCCACGCCACGCCCCACUCCCCAGGACUGGCUGCGCCGCAAGGCACAGAUUCUGGAGAUCCUCCGGCGGCGCUCCUGGGCCGGCAGGAAAUAA